AUGGACGGCGACGCAACCCGACGGACAGCAGACGCUGGCGCUUCAUCAGCACUCAAGCACCAGGACAUGACCGAUGGCAUCCACGAAGACGCAAAGAGCAUGGAAGGGCCCCCAGCGGGCGAGAAGACAACAGGUGUCGCCGGCUCGAUAUUCGAUAAAGACGGUGCCAUUGGGAAGCAGUUCACCACUGGUGGCGCGAUAGGUGGAACAGCCCAGAGCAUUGGAGGGCCUUUAGAUGCGCAGGGCUCGAUUGGCAAGCAGUUCACGACUGGGGGGUCGGUGGGAGGCGCUGUGCAGAGUAUGCUUGGGGAGAGCGAGAAGAAUACUUUUCAGGGGAAGAAGUAG